AUGAACCACGAAAAAGACCAACAAAUCCAAUCUUUCCAAAAUAAAAUCCGAGAACUGGAACAAAAAUUAGAGGACUAUUCCCAAGGCGGAAUAAAAAUCCUUUUUUCUGGCAAAGCCAACGCCCAAAGAGUAGCCCGCAAAGUCAAACCUCGCACUUUACGCGAAAUCCUAGAAUUAAGUUUAGGCAGCGAGGAACAAAAAUCCAAAAACUUAGUAAUUGAGGGCGAUAACUUACUCGCUAUGGCUACCCUCUACCAGUAUCACGGCAAAAUCGACCUAAUAAUUGCUGACCCACCUUAUAAUACCGCCUAUGGGGCAAAGUCAACUAGUCAUGUUUCUUCGGCAACGGAAUAUGUUUUGGUUUAUGCGAAAGAGUUAAGGAAUGUUUCUACUGUUGCCGAUAAUUCACUGGCUCCCACAGUUAGCAAAAAUUUAGUAUACGGAAUACAAAACCCUUUUAGCGGUCAAAUCUAUUACCCACCGCCAAUGAGUCCUUGGCGGUGGGUGCGGUCGCGAAUGAAACCACUUUUAGAGGAGUGGGGGUCGGAAUAUGAGGAAAAAGAUUUGAAAGAUGGUAAUGUUCUUGGUUUAGUCCUAAAAGGCGGUUUCGGCAAAAUACGUUUUAAACUGUAUUUUGCCGAGGUGUCGGAAGGAAUAAAACCGCUGACUUGCCAACAAGGAAGUGCUGAACUAAAAGCAACAACAGACACCGAAAUAGAAUUUGUGGUUUUAGACCCUUUUGGAGGUAGUGGAACCACCGGACAUGCCGUUUUACAACUAAAUAAAGAAACUAAUGCUAACCGAACCGACCAAAAAGAACAUGAACCACUAGGAGGAGGAUUUAAAUUUACUACGCUGGAUAAGCAAAUUAACAACCAAGCCAUUUUACAAAUGGAAAGAAACGAAUUAAUUGAUACCAUAAUUGCUAGUCGGAUUGAUAAAUAUCAGCAAAAAUAUCAAAAUUUACAAAUCUUAAAAAGUGAGAAUUACCAUUAUUUAAUUGCUAAAAAUAGUAAUCAGGAAGGUUUUUUUUUAAUUUGGGAUGGACCGAACCAAAAUGUCAAUUUCACCAAAGAAGUUUAUCAAAAAGUAGUCCAAGAAGCCACCGAAAAUAACUUAAAACCUCCUUAUCAUGUUUAUGCUCGGCUUUAUUUAUGCCAAGUAGACACUCAAGUAGAACCAAAACAAACUUUAAGCAUUACCAUACCCAUUAGUCUCUAUCAAAAAUUACAACAGGAAGUAGGAAAAGGUAAAAUUAGCCAGUUUAUUAAAAACUUGGUCGAAAAAGAACUAAGCGAAGAAGAGGAAAAAUUAGCCCAAGCCUAUAAAAAGUGCUAUGCUAAUAACCCUCAAUUACUAGAAGAAGUUAAAUUAUGA